AUGCAUAAGCGCGAGAAGCACGUGGAGCAGUGUGAGCAGUGCAAGGCGGAGUCUGGAGGCCUUCGGCUAGACAUCAACGACGAAGGCACAUACCCACUGAAACCGGAGCCGGUCGUUACGGCCGACGAGAAGACGAUUCACACCACCUUCGACGGGGUAAGGUCGACGGAAAGCUUCAUCGCAAUCGAGCCGGCAAGGACCCCAGUACUUUAUAAGGCCACGCUUGGCAUCACUGGCAUGACCUGCAGCUCAUGCGUGAGCGCUAUUACGCACGCUGUACAGGACCUGCCGUGGGUCCGAUCCAUCGACGUCAACCUUCUCACCAACAGCGGCACAGUUGUCUUCGACGGGAAGCACCGAGUUGAAGAGAUCGUCGAGGCAGUGGAGGAUACUGGCUUCGACGCCACCGUUGAGCAGCUCCACGAACUCCAACAUCCAGCUCUUAAAGAACCCCCUGCACACAAGAAGCAUUCCGAGAGAUGGCGAGCCGCAUACGCGAUCGGUGGCAUGACGUGUAGUUCGUGCGUCGGCAACAUCUCCACCGCGUUAAGGCGACACUCCUGGAUCGAAAAGGUGGAUGUGAACCUAGUCACCAACAGUGCUGUCAUCGUCUUCUCAGGAAAGGAGCAUCUAUCAGAGAUCAAAGAGACCAUCGAGGAUUCCGGCUACGAUGCGACACUCGACAACGUGGUCCCAGAGGAUGCAGCGCAGGAGGAGGCAGUUGACAGAUCUGUCAGCAUCCGAGUUGACGGCAUGUUCUGUCAUCACUGCCCGGAAAACAUUAUUCGGGAGCUGAAUAGCAGGUACACCGAGAGGUUCUCUUUCGAAAUCGAAGACCCACCUUUAUCGUUGAAGUGGCCUAUACUCCACAUCAGGUACAUACCAGAUCCACCUGGCUUCACCAUUCGGCACGUAUUCGACACGAUCAUGAACUUGAAUCCCGUUUUCGAGCCGUCUGUGUACCAUCCUCCAACAAUUGAGGAGCGGGCCCGGGAGAUGCACGCGCGGGAAAGGCGACGCAUUUUAUUCCGGCUUCUACUUUCCGUCGUCAUUGCCAUUCCUACCUUCAUUCUCGGUAUCGUCUUUAUGAGCCUAGUCAAGGAGAACAACCCUCUUCGCCGCUACCUUAUGGAGAACAUAUGGGCAGGAAACACCAAUCGACUCACUUGGGCGCUCUUUAUACUUGCUACUCCCGUCUAUUUCCUUGCGGCCGAUACCUUCCACCGCAGGGCCAUCAAAGAACUUCGGGCUAUGUGGAGGCGCGGGAGUCGCACACCAUUCCUGCAUCGCUUCUUGAGGUUCGGAAGCAUGAAUAUGCUCGUCUCGCUCGGAACGAGCAUUGCGUAUUUCGCUUCGGUCGUCGAGCUAGCCUUGGCUGCCGCAAACAAAUCUUCAGGCUCUAUGUCCGACUCUUACUUCGAUGCCGUGGUGUUUCUCACCAUGUUCCUUCUCAUCGGGCGCUUUCUGGAGGCAUACAGCAAAGCAAAGACGGGCGAUGCAGUUACAUCGCUCGGCGGGCUUCGGCCUGAAGCAGCAAUUCUAGUCGAUUCGGAAAAGGGUGACGUGAAAGUCGCUACCGAUCUUCUCGACAUUGGUGACAUCGUCCGCGUACACCAUGGAGCUUCGCCGCCUUUUGAUGGGAUCGUUCUUGAAGGGAACACCAAUUUCGACGAAUCCAGCCUUACGGGAGAAUCUCGGCCUGUCAAGAAGGAAGUGGGAGAUACCGUUUACUCUGGCACAGUUAACAAGGGUUCGCCAGUCAAGGUCAGGAUCACCACUGUCGAGGGCACAUCAAUGCUCGACCAGAUCAUCAAUGCCGUCCGAGAGGGUCAGACCCGUCGCGCCCCAGUGGAGCGGGUGGCUGAUACUAUCACCAGCCAUUUCGUACCCUUCGUCACGUUGAUCGCGAUUACCACUUGGCUUCUAUGGCUCAUCCUAGGGACAACUGGAAACAUCCCCAUGGAUUGGAUGAAUGAAGGCUCGGGGGGUGGUUGGGCCCUCUGGUCGCUCCGUUUUGCUAUCGCAGUCUUUGUUAUCGCUUGCCCUUGCGGCAUCGGUCUGGCAGCGCCUACCGCUCUAUUUGUGGGCGGUGGUCUGGCGGCAAAGCAUGGCAUCUUGGUGAAAGGUGGCGGCGAGGCUUUCCAGGAAGCCAGCUCUCUUGAUUGCAUCGUCUUCGACAAGACCGGAACCCUUACUCGGGGGGGGGACCCCGCCGUUACAGACCACAGAUUUUCUGGAACUCAAAACCAUUCGCACAUUGUCGGUAUAGUAAAAGCCCUUGAGGAGAACAGCAAUCAUCCUAUCGCGCGAGCUGUGGUUGCCUUCUGCAACAAACAGCCCCACGAAGUCCGAACAGCGACCAAUGUUGACGAAUUUCCUGGCAAAGGCCUAAAAGGGACGUUCAAGAACGGGGAUGGGGAGGUAAUCGCGAUCAUUGGCAAUGAAGCCUUCAUGGCGGAUCAUCACGUUCAAAUUCCGGUUGCCGAAACCUCAUCAUUGCAGAUGUGGAAAUCGCGAGGCGAAUCAGUCGCUUUAGCCGCGGUACUCACUCAGCCGCCCUCACAAUCUGUUGCUGAACCGGAUCGUAAGCUGUCAGAUACCUCCCAAACUUGGGAGCUUGCAUGCAUCUUCUCCAUUGCAGAUCCGUUGCGCCCUGAGGCUAUCGGCGUGAUCGCCGCGCUGAAGAAUCGAGGCAUCGACGUUUGGAUGCUCUCUGGAGACAAUCAAAUCACUGCCAACGCCGUCGGCUCGCAAGUCGGCAUUCCUGUAUCAAACAUCAUUGCAGGCGUCCUCCCAGAUCAGAAGGCCGAAAAGAUUAAGUAUCUCCAAAAGACUCUCAUCAAGCCGGACACUUCGCUCUUCCGCAUCCCGUUCCUGUCUAGCAAUCGCCGCACCAAAACAAAGCGCGCAACCAUCGCAAUGGUCGGCGAUGGCAUCAACGACGCUCCCGCCCUCAGCACAGCCGACCUCUCUAUCGCCAUUGGCUCCGGCUCCGACAUCGCGCUCUCGUCUUCCUCCUUCAUCCUCAUCAACUCGCACCUCACCUCGCUACUCACCCUCCUCGACCUCUCCCGGGUCGUGUUCCGCCGUGUCUACUUCAACUUCGGCUGGGCGCUCAUCUACAACAUCAUCGCUAUGCCGAUAGCAGCCGGUGUCCUUUAUCCGAUCACGACAGGCCAGAAGCAGAUGGAUAUGCACCAUAAUGGUGUGGCUAUGGAUGGUGGCAUGGGUAUGGGUAAUAGCGGCGUUAAGCAUGUGAGGUUGGAUCCGGUGUGGGCGAGUUUGGCCAUGGCGCUGAGUAGUGUGAGUGUGGUUUGUAGCAGUUUGGCGCUAAGGAGUAAGAUUCCGGGUGUCGGGUUCAGAGUGAAGACGGGUGAGGUCAGAGACGAGAGGCGGGAUCGGCAGGAGGAGAUGUGA